AUGAGAUUUUGUUAGAUGUAGUGAAGCCAGAGACUAUUUGAAUGAGCCAUUUCUGAGAUGAGAGAAGAAGUGAAGCCUCACCAGGCAACAGGGAUUACUGACAACAGAGGGAAGAGGCGGAACCUCGAUGCCUAGGGAUGCGGGAUGAAGGUGAAAAUGAAGAAGAGACGCCGGAGCCGAUGACUCUCAUGAAUCAGCCUCAGCCGAGGGUCAGCACUGAGACAGAGAUGGUACCGGCAGCCCAUCUUCAUGGAAGAGCAGAGCUCCGUAUCGACAUAGAUUGUGGGUACCUCGAGAGCCACGCAGAGCUCUGCAAAAACGCUCCCUAGCCUUGGAAUCCGCCUUUACAACGAUCUAUGUAGGCCAAAAUAGACUAACACCUAUCAACAUGAGACAGUACAACCUGAGUAAGCCAGGAGAUAAGUAUGAAUAAUUAUUAUCGUAA